UCAGCCAGAUGAAUCCUCAGCUAGCUCAGAAGAUAGGUCAGGACACAUGCUGAAGCCAAAACAGCUAUGAUGCUCAGAAGUCUGUUCUUUCUGGUCCUCCUACUAUUCCACAGAGGGAGAGAUGUACAAGGGGAAGGAGGGAAGAAAGGUCAGUGCAAAGAGGACGUUCAAGACAAGACAGCACAGGGAUGUGCUGAUUAUGAAGUUCUAAAUCACCUCAACCUCACCAGCGACAAAGUCAUGUACACCAUGGGUCGGCCAACCAGAAAUAAUAACCGCCCUCUUAUGGUGGUUAUUACACUAAUGCCUUUGGCCAUUUUGGAUGUGAGUGAGAUUGAUCAGACUUUUGUCACUCAUCUUGAAGUUAACAUGAAAUGGACCAAUGACUUUAUUAGUUGGUCUCCAGAUGACUUUUGUGGAAUUGACAAAGUUGUAAUUCCAAGUGACGCUUUGUGGAAGCCAUACAUAACCAUUACGGAGAUGACAGACAAGGAAAAAGCUCUUACAAGUCCCUUUCUCAAGAUUACUUCCAAUGGCACUACUGAAGUAAGCAUUAAUCAGGUGAUGAAGACUAUAUGCAAGAUGCGUGUGCACAAAUUUCCCUUCGAUACUCAAAGCUGCAAUAUCACAUUUAUGUCAAACUUGUAUGAUUCAGAGGAUUUAUUUCUGUGUAGCCAUUAUGGCACUGAUACGUACACAAAAAAGAUUCUGAAAACAAUAACUCAGUAUGAAUGGUCGUUCCGAAAUAUGACGGUCCAUACCUGGAAAAUAAAACGCAUGUUAAAUUUCAGAAUCACAGUGAAAAGGAUUUCAGUGAUCUAUAUCAUCAACUUCUUGCUGCCCAUAUUUUUCCUCUUGUGUCUGGAUUUAUUUUCCUUCCUAUUGUCAGACACUGGUGGUGAGAAAGUUGGCUUUAAAAUCACUAUACUGCUCGCUGUCACAGUCAUGCAGCUUAUUCUCAAUGAUCUUUUGCCCUCUUCAUCUGAGAGGAUUCCGAUCAUAGUGGUCUACUGUAUAGGAAUAUUUACCAUGAUGAUGCUCAGCCUCCUGGAGACCCUUUUUGUGAUGUAUCUUAUAGAGAAGGAUUCUUCAUUACAAGAAGAGAAAGCAGUUCAAGACAAAAUCCCGGCAAUGAAGAAAUACAAUGCCUCUUCCAGUGAUGUAACAGCUUUUAGAAGGCCAUCUGCAGCCAAAGAGGAUACUGGCAUCAUACAGAUGGAGGGGCAACUUGCACUGGACAAGUUAACUGAUGAGCUGAGGGAGAUGAAGAAAAUGAUCACUCUUCUAAACAGUGAUAGGUGUGAAGAAAAGAGUGGUUACUGGACCAAACUGGCUGGAAGAAUCAAUAAGAUUUUUGGAGUAUGUUAUGUUAUAUGUACUGCUGCAUUUUUAGCCACGAUUUUCUUAAACUGGACAAGUGAGGAAGAAUAGCCAAAAAAUUUAAAUCGGCCAUCUUAAUAUGCUGCCAUGUUGAGAGAUUGUGUGUACUUAUUAAUAAAUAACAAAUGUUAAAAAAGCAAGUGAUAGCAGUUCAGGAACUCUAACUUUGCCUACCCCAAUCAAAGAAAACUUGGAGUUAGAUUAAUUGAACUCUGAGUAUCUAGCCCUUGAGUCAAGAACAUCUGCAAGACUCCGAUGAUCAGUGAUUUCCUAACACACUGAUUUACCAUGACCACCUUUAAAAAAACAAGCUUCAUCUAAAGAGUAAAAAUAAAAUACUCUUUCUAUUUAUAUGCAUCAUAUACUUUUAUGGUAUAAUAUACUUUUACAUAAUCUGCAAACAACUGGCCGAGUCUUUGUGUAACAUUGAAUGCACCACAGUAUUCAUUCCAUAUUUAUCAGCAUUUACAGUAGCACAUCAUCUAUAGAAGAAUGAUUGGUGAACGACAAAAAUAAAGAAUAUCUAACAUCUUUGUAUGUAAAAAUGCAUAUCUGUUUUUCACAACGAUCUGUGUAUUACCGUAUUUAAACUUAAUCCAUUAAGGAGGCAUUUCCUAAUGGCUCUAAAUAAUGUAAAAACAUAUUUUGACCAGAAAAACUGGAAAGUAAUUCAUAGAUAAAAUCAAGGUGUGAAGAUUUUGCUUGCAUGUCAACUGUAUUUACUUUUGUAACCUAAGUGUUAUAUUUAUACAUAUAAUAAACUU